CUUCCUCCCCCUCCCAUCUCUCUUUUCUGUUGACGUUUGGCUUUUGUGCCUGUUUUACUAAAUGCGCGUAAUCUUCCUAUCAAAAGCAUCUCUUCUGCACUGGAGUCUAUUUUUUAGUGACAGCGCGUGACAUGGCAUCGACUCUGAUGUAGUGUGUUCCAAAAGAACCGCGUGAAUCUCUUAGAAGCUCAAGAUAUUCGCCCAAGAUCUUCAAGGUAAUAGAGCGCGCAGGCCGGGUUGUAUAAUUCACCAGUCGAGACUGUUCUGCAUAUCUGGCAAAGGGAACUUGAUGAUUGGUUGACCGAUUACGAGCUCCUGAGCUGCUGUUGUGUUGGAUUUUGAUUAAAGGGACGGAAGUUUAUUUACUGGUGCAAUUCAACCAACCAAGAAAGAGCAACAACAAUGUUUCGCUAUUUGAAUGAUGUGGAUGACAGCCCAUACAUGAUGGAUCCGUUCGCAGCACACAGACACCAGAUGAGGAGUCUCUUUGGGUCUUUUGGGAUGGACCCGUUUCCUUUCACCCCUCAGAUCCAGCAUCCACGUACACGCAUACAGCCACAAGCUGGAGCCUUGGCCCCCUUCGGCAUGAUGGGAAUGGGUGGAGGUUUCAUGGACAUGUUCAGCAUGAUGGGUGGGAUGAUGGAGAACGUGGAACGAAUGUCUGGAUCUCCAAACUGCCAGACCUUCUCCUCCUCCACAGUCAUCUCGUACUCCUCCACGGACACGGGAGCACCUAAAGUCUAUCAGCAGACCAGUGAAUAUCGCAGUGCUCCCGGGGGUAUCAGAGAGACCCGUCAGACAAUGCGGGACAGUGCAAGUGGCCUGGAGCGAAUGGCUAUAGGGCAUCACAUUGGUGAAAGAGGUCACGUGAUGGAACGCUCAAGGAACCGUCUCACAGGAGACCGUGAAGAGAGACAGGACUUCUUCAACCUGGAAGAGAGUGAGGCAGCUGCGUUUGAUGACGAGUGGAGGAGAGAGCUGGGCCGGUACCGCCCUCCUAAUGCCCGUAGUUUAGACUAUGGGCGUGAGCGGAGUGCCGGGGUUGGACAGCAGUUGGCCCUGACAGCACCUCCGAGCUCCUCCUCUUCUCCCUCGCCUCGCCACGAGUCACCACGCCACCACCCUCCUCACUCCCGCCCGCGCUACGACUGGUGAGAGGUGAAGUUAUCUAGCUGAUGCUGUGAAGAGAGAAGUGAGGGAUAUAGAAGAAGAAAAUUAUAACUGAGGGGUCAAAUGUUUGAUAGAUCUGAACUGUCUCAAUAUGUGUAGUCAGCUCCUUACAGGGAUGCGUGCUGGCAUGAGGUAUCAUGACACAGGCUGAAUUUUUUAGACUGCAUCUCUGUUGUUGAAUUCGGCCUGGCCUGUGAACUUCAUACCACGUUACUACUCCCAAAGCAUACACACCAGCAUUCAUCAUAAUUCAGACAGCUCUUCAACCUUGUGAUAUAUACAUACACACAGACAUCUUUGUAUUUAAAUGAAUUCUCAUGCUUCCAAUAUUUCAAUAUCCAAAUAUUUAAUGAUACACUACACAUAUAUUCGCGUGCACACACACACACACAUACGCACUCACCAUAAAGUCCAUAUAUGUUUGUGUUGACACUAGGGUAUCUGUGGGUUUAACUGUACAAUGCUGACUAAUUAAACUUAUUAACUAAUAAAAAAAGACCUUGUUACAUCA